UUGAGAAGUGAGUUUCUGACGCUAGAGAGAAGGGGCUUCAAGUUUAAGUUUUCUUUUCUUUUCCCUGCUACGCUGUGACAUGUUUUAAAUACAAUGCGGAGCGGGUAAAGCUUGUUAGGACGGACGACCUGUCAUGGCAGACGAAGAAAAUGCCCCUUCUUUUCUGGAGGACAACAGAGUUAAGUUUAUUAAGGACAAAGUCUGCGCAUUCCUGCGACUUCAGAGACGAGCGUGGAACACAACUGCCGCCAAAGAAGAGUUCCAAACAUCUUUGAAGCGUUUCUUUGACAAAGAGACAGUUUUGUUUUUCUCCUUAUCAGAAACGGGUUCGCUUGAUGUUUCAAAUCAGGCUCCAUCUGAUGUUAAAAGCAAACAAAUCUACAUACAGAAGAAGACAAAUGUGUCCAUCCACAAUGACAACUACAGAGACAUCCUGCUUUAUGGCGUUUUGUUUUCAAAACCAUUACUGCAGCUCUCAAACACUGUGGAGAAGAUCUCUGUUCCACUCCUGACAAACAAGCAAAACCACCAUGGUUGGCCCUCUCCCUUGUCUGACGACCUCAUUAGAAAUGUUGAGUCAGUUCACAGUAAAACAGCUAUUGUGCACGGACGGGCUUUGGGGAAAAUUUUUCUCCCCAUCCCAACCUCAGCUGACUGGAUUAAACACUCAUACAACCCAUUUCAAAUGGAUCAGAGCUCUGGAAGGGCAUUAGGUCAUACCAUAGAGACUCACAUCGUCAACUGGUCAUGUCUGAUCCAGGACGUUUUAAAAAGGGACUCAUCUGACCUCCUCGGCUUUAAUCCAGGACCCAAAGCAGAGCUGGAGUUUUGGUUUUCCAGAAUGAGCAAUUUGGAAAGCAUCACUCAACAGGCAUGCUUUCUCCUUGUCUUAGAAUUUUCUAAAUUACAAUUUGAAUAAUUUUCUACAGAAUCUUUUGGUUUGUUUUGCAUUUUAGC